GAUAAAGCACACCUCAUAGCUCUUUUUUUCUCCAUCAAACUGUCAAAAAUAUUCUAUUUCUCACAUAUAUAGUAACACCACCUUCUACAUAUGCUUUCCAAAAUCUUGUUCUCAAAUAUUUUUCCACCAUACAACCAUCAUCAGCCAUCACUCCUAGCCACCAAACUCACCUACUUUUCAUAUUUUAGACCAAAACAUGGGUGCUAAUACGUCAUUGUUAAGCUCGGAUGAACCAGAAAGUCCAUCCGAGCUUAACCUUGGUGACAUACCUGAAUCUUGUGUAGCGUUAAUGUUAUCUUAUUUAGAACCUCAUGAGAUAUGCAAGUUAGCUAGAAUCAACCGAGCAUUUCGAGCAGCUUCUACAGCAGAUUUUAUAUGGGUCUCCAAAUUGCCAAAUAAUUAUCAUCAUUUAGUUGAAAAACUGUGGCUUAACAAUAACAAAAGAUUAGGAGAAAAGGAGAUUUUUGCUAAGUUGAGUUGCCCGGUGGCUUUUGAUGAUGGCAAUAAGGAAUUUUGGGUGGACAAGACUAGUGGAGGUGGUUGCGUGUCUAUUUCAUCAAAGGCAUUAACAAUUACCGGAAUUGAUGAUAGACGAUAUUGGAAUCGUAUUCCUUCUGAUGAAUCAAGAUACUCUACGGUUGCGUAUCUUAGACAAAUCUGGUGGCUAGAAGUAGAUGGCAACAUUGAGUUCUUGUUUCCAGCCGGAACUUAUUCAUUGUCAUUCAAGUUACAGCUAGGGAAGGUCUUAAAUCGAAAUGGAAGACGUGUGUGUAGCACUGAGGAUGUCCAUGGGUGGAAUGUGAAACCUGUGGAGUUUAAAUUUACGACUGGAGAAGGUCAGCAUAGUGUUGUGAAACGAUUUUUGGAGAAAACAGAAAACUGGGAAUACCACCAUGUUGGUGAAUUCGUCGUCAAAGACUCAAACACGCCGAUGAAGGUGGAGUUUUCUUUGACACAGAUCGAUUGCACUCAUACGAAAGGUGGUCUUUCUAUAGACUCAGUUCUUAUAUGUCCUAGUAAGUAGCCAAAUGAAUAUUCAAAGUCCAAUUACUAUAAGCUAGCCUGAAUUUAUGUUGACAUUUGUAUAAUAUGAUUAUUUGAAUGAUGAUUUGGUGGUAAUUUAGUGGAAUAUAUAUGAGAAAAUUUGUUGAUAUAGGUUAGAUUCUA